ACUUGACGGGUUUCGAGUUUCACAGGUAAGAGCAGCCCGGUAUACACUCCAAAAGCGCAUAUCAAGGCCAAGUUAGUCUGCGUGGGAGACCGGUAACCUUUAAGAUGAACGCAGAGGUGGAUUACGGAGGCUCCGGGAGCAGCGGGAACGGAAAGCUGCGCCAGUGGCUCAUCGAGCAGGUGGACUGCGGGAAGUAUCCCGGUCUGGUGUGGGAGAACGACGAGAAGAGCAUCUUCAGGAUACCGUGGAAACACGCCGGGAAGCAGGACUACAACCGCGAUGAGGAUGCCGCGCUUUUCAAGGCCUGGGCACUGUUUAAAGGCAAGUUUCGGGAGGGGAUCGACAAGCCAGACCCGCCAACCUGGAAGACUCGCCUCCGCUGCGCACUCAACAAGAGCAAUGACUUUGAGGAGCUGGUUGAGAGAAGUCAGCUGGACAUCUCAGACCCGUACAAAGUGUACCGCAUCAUCCCCGAGGGCGCCAAGAAAAGACCCCGACAGGAGGACAGUCCUUUGAGUCCAAUGAGCUAUCAGGUGCACUCCCCCUAUCCUGCCCUGCAGACCCAGAUGCCACAGUACAUUCCCACACCAGAGUGUAGCUGGAGGGAUUACUGUCAGGAGCAGGCCGCCCUGACCGAGCUGCCCUACAGUCAUUGUCCUUGUCCUCCCCGCAGCCUGCCGUGGCAGGGCCCGUCCAUGGAGAAUGGAUACCAGCUCAGAGCAUCUAUUUACUCAUACGGUCCUGCUGACAGUCAGCCCUCGCCUUUCACACUGGACGCUGGCAUCAGAUCGGCAGACGCGCUCUCGGACUUCCGCCUCCACAUAUCUAUAUAUUUCCGGGACACCCUGUUGAGAGAGGUGACCACCUCCAGUCCAGAGGGGUGCCACAUCACUCCCUGCUCCCCAGAGGAGAAGCACUACCUGCCACCCGGAGGUCCUGAGGUGGUCCCGCUGCCCCUGGAUGCUCUCUUAGCCCAGAGGAGGGCAGAGGAGUGUCCCCAGAGUCCAUCGUCUAACCUGGAGAGGGGAGUGUUACUGUGGAUGGGUCCAGACGGACUCUACGCACAGAGGUUGUGUCAGGGCAGAGUGUACUGGCAGGGAGGACUGUCCCAGUAUGGAGACAAGCCCAAUAAACUGGAGAGAGAGGUCCCCUGUAAACUCCUCCACACGCAGGACUACCUUACAGAGAUCCAGAGUUACGGGCUCCAUGGCCGACCGCUGCCUCGUUUCCAGGUCCUACUGAGUUUCGGAGACGAGUGUCCAGACCCACAGAGACAAAGACGGACGCUCACAGUCCAGGUGGAGCCGCUGUUUGCCAGGCAGCUCCUGUACUACUACCGCAGCUACGAGCACCCGGGAGUCACGGACCACAUAAACACCCCGGAGGACUACCAGAGGACCAUCACACAUCACCACAGCAGCAGCCUGCAGGAGUGAUUUCAGUUGGCUCAAGUGACUGUUGAACGCUUCAAGAUGCAGCAGUGACCUUUGACACAGGGGAUGAGGAAACUCUGAGACAAGAAGACAAACCUGGACAGUGUUAUGCAUAAAAUAAUGGACAGUUACUGUUUGCCCUGCAGGACUCUGUGUGUGUUUGUAAGUGUGUGUGGGUAGAACAAAAGUUUCAGUGUUAUUCUUUUUUUCUGGCUGUAUUUUUAUGGCACAGUGAAUAUAUUCCAUACUGUCUAUGCAAAGAAAACUGACAGCUUAGGUGAUUGUACUGUAAAUAACUGUGGUGAAUUUUGAGUGCCUUAAGAGGGAUAGUUCAACAUUUUGGGAAAUACUUUUUUUCCACUUUGUUGCUGAUAGUGAGGUGAGAAGAUCGGUACCAUUCUCGAAUCUGUACAGUAAACAUGAAGCUGGAGCUAGCAAGUGGUAAGCUUAGCUUAACACAAAGACUGGAAAAAGGGAAAAUCGUUAGCUGGAUGGCUGCGUACGAAGUUAACAAAAUCCACCUACCAGUACCUCUGAAGCCCAAAAUGUGCUGUCAUUGGUACAUUUUUCAUUUUCUUACAUUCCAUGUAUGUCUACCGGCUCACUGCCAUCCAGGCAGCAUCUCUGAUUUGGGGCAGUUUAUAUUUUUCAUGGUCAAUAUCAUACAAUUUCGGCCUGUUACACUUGCCAACAAUCAAGUCUCCUGGCAGUGAAUGGAAGUAAGCGGCAUAUAUUUGUCAGUGUGACCAUACCCUUAGACAUCGUAGGCUAUUUUGUUUAUCUGUACAAAACAAAUAUGUUAAACAUUAAAUUCACCAUUUUACGGGAGUUAUGACCCAGACUUUUGUGAUUUUUACAGUAUUUACUACUUGCUCUAAUCAGUACAAAAACCUAAUGAGAUAUAACAUGUUAAAUGGGGGCUUUAAAGAUGCUGGACUGAGCCAGGUUAGCUGUUCCUGCUGUUGCAGUCUUUAUGCUAAGCUAAGUAGCUUCAUAUUUGCUGUAACCUAGGCCACAUAUGUGACAGUGGUGUGAUUAUUUUUUUUUCAUUCUUCUCUUCUAAAUAAUUUUUUUAUCGCGAGGAGACACUAUCAUCCUCAUUCAGUAAACUAUGAAUGAAGUCUUGUGCCCAGCUGUGUUUGUGUGAGAAACUCAGGGAGUUGAUUUUAAAUGAGUUUUCAACUCAGUUUUGUAUGAAAUAUUUACAAGUUACAAGAUAUAUUUUUGAAAUUUAAGUGUCAUAUAAAUCAAAUCUGAGAAAGAAUGGGAGUGAAUGUUUUUAGCUUUUUUUUUUCUUGAAGGAUGACAUUUCUGUUUAAAACAAACAAACAA